AUGUCCGCUAGCUUUGUUUCCUGCGGCCAUUCACCUUCUUUCAUCGAGGAACGCAUACACAGUACGGAGCGCGCUUUUCAGAAGCAGCAGGGAGUCUUCCUCUGCGGCGACUACUCAGCGAAGAAGAAGCUGAGGACCCCGGGCAAGGCGGGUAACCGUUACUACAAGAACGUCGGGCUGGGCUUCAAGACGCCCCGCGAGGCCAUCGAAGGCACGUACAUCGACAAGAAGUGCCCGUUCACAGGCAACGUGUCGAUCCGCGGGCGCAUUCUGUCGGGCACGGUGCUGUCGACCAAGAUGAACCGCACCAUCACCAUCCGCCGCGAUUACCUCCACUUCGUGCGCAAGUACCAACGGUACGAGAAGAGGCACUCGAACCUGUCGGCGCACGUGUCGCCGUGCUUCCGCGUGAAGGAGGGGGAUCAGGUCAUCGUGGGGCAGUGCAGUGGACCCACUGGGUAUGGGGGGCCGGAAGUGGGGAUGGAGGGGAGUGAGGAGACCAGUGCGUUGCAUGGUGGAGCAGGACAGGGGGGAUUUGGCCCUCGCGGGGAGUGCAGGUCAGUGGAGGGAGAGGAGGCGGGGGGGAUGGGGAAUGACACUGAUGGUCCGUCAGCGGGCUGUGCUGUAUGGUGGGGCAGUGCAGGUCAUUACACGGGGGAAAGGGCAGUGCAGGUCAGUGGAAGGCGGGGGUUGCAGUGCGGGUCCCCCGCUCGUGCUGUUGAAUUACUCCGCUCCCCUCCCUCCCACCUCCACCUUCCUCCUCUUCUUUUCUUUCCCUUGAAAGCCUUUUCUCUUUCCUUUCCCGUCCCCUUUCCACACCUUGAAAAAUUCUGGGAGGACACCCCACACAAAGUGAGUCAAGAUGAGUUCGGAGGCGGUGCCCGAGCCAAGAACAAGCUCAUCCGCAAAAUCAUCCACCAACGCGCCGCCGCCUACGACAAGUCGUACGCGCGCAAGGAGCGCGAGCUGGUGGAGCUGAAGCGCGAGGCAAAGCUGAGCGGCGGCUUCUAUGUCGAGCCCGAGCCCAAGCUGCUCUUCAUCAUCCGCAUCCGUGGUGUGAACGACAUGCACCCCAAGACGCGCAAGAUUCUGCAGCUGCUGCGCCUUCGCCAGAUCUUCAACGGAGUGUUCCUGAGGGUCACCAAGGCGACUCUGCAGAUGCUGCGAUUGGUAGAGCCCUACGUCACCUACGGCUACCCGAACCUGAAGUCGGUGCGUGAGUUGAUCUACAAGCGCGGGUACGGCAAGGUCAGGCACCAGCGCAUCCCCCUCACUGAGAACUCUGUCGUCCAAAAAGUGCUGGGGCAGAAGAAGAUUCUGUGUGUGGAGGAUUUGAUUUACCAGAUCUUCACGACGGGCCCGCACUUCAAGGCGUGCAACAACUUCCUGUGGCCCUUCAAGCUGUCGGCGCCCAACGGCGGUAUGAAGAAGAAGCGACUGCAUUUUGUGGAGGGCGGAGAUGCUGGUAACCGUGAGGACAAGAUCAACGCGCUCAUCCGGCGCAUGAACUAA